UAUCCAAUUCGAACUCCCACUGUGAAAGAACUCGUCCUCAAGUUCUCAACUUGAGCGCAUCGAUCUGAAUCACACCUUCUUCUCUCGGUUCCCAACGUUUCGUCAUUCAUCUCUCUCUACGCCGUUGUCGCCGCCGUUAGCUGGCCGUAACUGAACUCCGGCAAUGGCAACGAUCGAGUCGUCGUCGUCGUGAUUUGACGGUGAAAAUGAGAAGGAAGUGUAGGGUUUGGUGGCCGAAGGAGCUCUCCCUAAACGCAACAUCGCCCUCUAAAUACUUCUUGUUCGGCUGGUUCGUUUCUUCCUCUUCCAAUUAUCUCGACGUUGUAGUGGCCUUUGCCACCAGUGAUGCUUCGCUUUCUGGUUUGGAACCUGGGCUCGAGGGAAUUCUCCAUGAAACAAACGAAAAAAUGCCAAUGUCAUUACAGGAUAAAUCAGGGCUCACUUUAUUAGGUCAUUUUGCUGUUGGCAUUGGCAACAAUGGCGAAUUGUCAAGAGUUGGAAGGGGAGAAGAUGAUGAGUCGAAGUCUGGUCGAGAUAUAUAUGGAAAGAACUUUGGACGAUGGUCUUGCGAGUGUCAUAAACUUGAUGGGUUUGUAGAACAAGAUAGACAGAUUUCUAAGGGAAAUAGUUGGAUCCAGCUUGUUUCUUGUUCUCAUGAAAAGUUUGGAAGAGACAUUUUUAGCAUUCCUAAAUUGCAUCACAUUCAUUGGAAUGGUCAGAUAGUAUCGCAUUGUGAUGUUCACUUUAUAUUUUAUGAGACACCAGCAUAUGGAUCUCACCAUUUCUCAUCACAUUCUUGGAGUUCAUAUGAACAAGUGAAAGCUCCUCUCAGAAAGCCCAAAUGGGUUGAAGCACUUCACCAGAAGCAGCCACUUUGUGACUUGGACACUACCAUUCUGGCUAUUAAUUGUGCCACAGCUGCUAGGGUCUUAUUCAGGAGACAUUUGGAUGUGAAAAGAUCUGUUUCUUGGAAUUUUGCCUUCUUGUGGCAUCUAUUUGCUGUGUCUGUGGCUUCAAUGUCCUCUGUACUUUAUAUCAGUCUUCAGUCCCUUUACAGGCUCUUGAGUUACACAUCAACCUCAUGGAUAUACAUUACAUCAACCAAGGUAUUCCACACGGCUGGGUUAAAUAUUAGAAUUCGAUGCUCUCAAAUCUUGUACUGGCCAAUCUUCCUUCAAGAUAGGGGCAUUAGGUCUUUAUCAUGUGUGGAAUAUGCGGAGAUAGCUGCUUUGCGGAGGCAUUCUAUGUGGUCAAGUUUAGCCGCUGAUAUUUUUCUUGGAAAUUUGAUUGGUUUUGUACUGCUGUUUCAUGCUGAAUCUGCCAGCUUCUGGGUUGUUAACGUUGCUGAUGAAAUUAUGAACAAGUUAUUGCGUUCAGGUUGUGUGUGGUUGAUGGGGGUCCCUGCAGGUUUCAAGUUAAACACAGAACUUGCAGCAGUACUUGGCACGGUUUCACUUAAUACAGUGCAGAUUUGGUCAACUCUUUGGAUCUUCAUGGGUUUUGAUGUCAUCUUUAUAAUUAAAGGCCUUGCUAUCUUGAGUAUCAUUUUUGGUGUGACUUUACCUGCUGCUUUGAUCAUAGAUUUGAUUGCUCUAGCAACGUUACAUGUGUCAAGUAUCCAUUGCGUGAUCUCACUUUUGUAUUCAACUCAGAUACAAGCAAUAGCAUCUUUGUGGCGCCUUUUCAGGGGUCAAAAAUGGAAUCCUCUUCGAAAUAGAUUAGACAGCUAUGACUACACUGUGAAGCAGCACAUUGUUGGAUCGCUUCUGUUUACACCACUCCUGCUUUUACUGCCAACAACUUCUGUUUUCUAUAUCUUCUUUAGUAUUUUGGACACAACCAUAAGCCUCAUAUGUAUGUUUAUUAGAGUUGCUAUGUCAGUUAUUCAUGCUACGCCAUAUGUCGAAGGUUUUCUUCGGUUGGUUCGGCCAAGAAGAUUUCCCUCUGGCAUAUGGUUUGAUGUAGUGUCAUGUCAGUAUGAUACCUGUGAUUCUUCAGAAGGGGUCAACUCUUCCUCUGAGAACUUGCAGAUGAAAAAGGACAUCACCAAGGAAAAAGCUUCUUCUAUGAUUUCAUUUGUCCACAGCAACGUCAUGACUCUAGGACAAGUAGUCUUGCCUCACUACAAAAGUAUUUUUUCGGGCAUUUCUCGAUCGUCUAUUUCUGCUUCAGCUUAUGGGGUCCUCACUGGGAAAAGAAUGGGGUCUACCUUGGUGGCUGAUCUUCCUUCACCGAUGCCAUGGAUGUUCAUCCCUUACAAGCAGUAUUGGUUCCUCUGCCGUGAUUCGAUUUUGGCAAAGCCGCAGACAUGAUCUAACAGAGAGUGUUUUCUUAAAUUUACCCCAUUCUUCUAGCUCACUGAUGGAUCUUCCCACUUUUUUGCUGUGAUUCUUUAUAUUCAGUUUUGAAGUCUAUUCUAGGUGUGAGGCCGUGUAGAUUAUAUACAGUUCUUUUUCUCUAGAGUAUUAUAACAAAGAAAAACUGUUGAGGUUU